CCUCGUGCGCGUCCACAUACUCCCUCCGACCCCUGGCCUGUGCCGCCGCCCUCCCUCCCUCCUUCCGCUCUUGGCCGCGCCGGCCUCGCUCCCUCCCUCUGCCGUUGGCCCGUUCCUGCGCCGGCACCCCCCGUCCUCCCUCCCUAAGAUCUUGAGCCGCCGCCCUCCCUCCGUUCCCCCUGCGCCGCGGCCCUCCCUCCCUCUCAUUCUGCGCCUACACCCUAUCUCCUUCGCUCUUCCUGUUCUUGACAGAUGGCGCAGAUCCCUAACCUGGACAAUGCGCCGCUCAAUCUUGCGGCCCUCAGGGAGCAGUCGCAGAAGGACCUAAUCGGCAUCCUAAAAACCAUAAGGGGGAAGAAGUGUCUGGUCAUUGACCCGAAGCUUGCUGGGACCCUGUCGCUGAUCGUGCAGACAUCCCUGCUAAAGGAGUAUGGUGCGGAGUUGCGAAUUCUCUCUUCCGAUCCCUUGCAGACGGAAUGCCCAAAAAUCGUAUAUCUUGUGCGCUCUCAGCUGAGCUUCAUGAAAUUCAUCGCAAGUCAGAUCAGGAAUGAUGAAUCUAAAGGGCUCCAAAGGGAAUACUUCCUUUACUUUGUACCACGUCGCACCGUUGCUUGUGAGAAGAUCCUGGGGGAAGAGAAAGUUCAUCAGAGACUGACGCUCGGAGAAUACCCCCUGUAUCUUGUUCCAUUGGAUGAUGAUGUCCUUUCUUUUGAACUUGACCAUGCUUUGCAGGAAUGUCUUAUUGAGGGAGAUACAAGUUCUAUCUGGCAUGUUGCAAAAGCAAUUCAUAAACUAGAGUUUGCCUUUGGAGUUAUCCCAAAUGUUAGGGCUAAGGGUGUGGCGUCUACCAAAGCUGCAGAGUUGUUGAAUAAUAUGCAACUAGAGGAUCCAGUCAACAUGGAUGAUAUGGGGAUUCCGGAGAUAAACACCGUUAUCCUGUUAGACAGAGAGGUGGACAUGGUGACACCAAUGUGCUCUCAGUUGACAUAUGAAGGCUUGCUGGAUGAGAUGCUACAAAUUAAUAAUGGUUCAGUGGAAGUUGAUGCGAGCAUAAUGGGAACUCAACAAGAUGGGAAAAAGGUUAAGGUUCCACUGAAUUCGAGUGAUAAGUUGUACAAGGAGAUUCGAGACCUGAAUUUUGAAGUUGUAGUUCAGGUUUUACGUCAAAGAGCAACAUCUAUUCAGCAAGAUUAUGCGGAAGUGAAAUCGACCAAUACCCAGUCUGUUUCUGAGCUCAAGGAUUUUGUGAGGAGGUUGCACUCGCUACCGGAGAUAGCUAGGCAUGUUCAUUUGGCGCAACACUUGCAAUCCUUCACAGGAAAACCCUCAUUCCAUGCCCGACUAGACAUCGAACAAACAAUAUUGGAGGUUCAGAACUUUGAAAUAUGCUUUGAGUACAUCGAGGACAUGAUACAUAAGCAGGAACCUAUUGAAAAUGUGCUUCGCCUUCUAGUGUUACUCUCUCUUGCAAAUACUGGGUUGCCAAAGAAGAAUUUUGAUUACUUGAGGCGAGAGAUACUGCAUAGUUAUGGCUUUGAGCACAUGCACUUAUUGUACAAUCUGGAGAAGGCUGGCCUUUUUAAGAGACAGGAAUCAAGAAGCAAUUGGGUUGGUAUUACAAGAGCUCUGCAGCUUAUAGUUGAUGUACAUGAUACAGCAAACCCUAGUGAUAUAUCGUACAUUUUUUCUGGAUAUGCGCCUCUUAGUAUUCGCCUUGUUCAGCAUGCAGUGAGAUCUGGAUGGCGUUCUAUUGAAGAAUUGUUGAAACUAUUGCCAGGUCCACAUUUGGAUUUGAAAAGGGGUGGUUUAACGUUUGAUUCGUCACUGGAAGUACAGCCUGUUUCAGGGGCUAAACAGAGUAUUGACAGGGUUGGUCAUCGCUCUCUGGUUUUGGUUGUAUUUAUUGGUGGAGUCACAUUUGCUGAGAUUGCUGCCCUCCGAUUCCUUAGUGCACAGGAAGGAAUGGGCUACGACUUCCUUGUUGCAACAACAAAGGUCGUCAAUGGCAACACGUUACUCAGACCAAUAAUAGCCAAUAGCAAAGAGGGGAUGAUGUAACAUUUUUCUUUUCUGGGCAUGUGUUUGUAAUUGCAAUCGCAGACCAACCCAAACUUGUGAGGGGUUUUCUUGUUUGGCUAUGGGUUCCUAAUUUUUCGGCAACUGGACGCUAGGCUCGUACGCCUGUAUUUAUGAUAUGGGCCUUUCUUUGCGGUGUACGUAUUUGUACUAUCAUCUCUGGUGCAAAUAAAAAUAGAUUAAUACUGCUAGAUGGAA